GAGAACAGCAGCAUGUCUGGAAGAGGCAAAGGUGCCGGAAAGGCUCGUGCUAAGGCCAAGUCUCGCUCCUCCAGAGCAGGACUUCAAUUCCCGGUUGGUCGAGUCCACAGACUGCUGAGGAAGGGCAACUAUGCCGAGCGUGUCGGUGCCGGCGCCCCCGUCUACCUGGCGGCGGUGCUGGAGUAUCUGACCGCUGAGAUCCUGGAGCUGGCUGGAAACGCAGCCCGCGACAACAAGAAGACCAGGAUCAUUCCCCGUCACCUGCAGCUGGCUGUCCGCAACGACGAGGAGCUUAACAAGCUGCUCGGAGGAGUCACCAUCGCUCAGGGUGGCGUGCUGCCUAACAUCCAGGCGGUGCUGCUGCCCAAGAAGACCGAGAAGUCCAAGUAAAUUAACCUGAUGAUCCAACAAACCAACGGCUCUUUUAAGAGCCACCCACCUUUAACUUAAGAGCGGUUUCCUCACAGUGAUGGCUCUGUAUUUAUCGUAUGUUAGUGAUGAUACAUGCUAUCAACUGCUAUUGAGACAGGCAGGUGAAUGGUCGGCAAUUAUUGAUAGAAAUAUUCAUGUUCUGAACAGGGAACAAUGCUCCGUUUACGGCCUGUUUUUGUCAUGACGAUCGUGAAUACUAAUAUUCUCACGAGUCCGACUGAUAUCUGAAUCUUAAAAAUACCUAUUUAUCACUACAAAAUGUGACUUUGAUAACAUUUGUCAUUUUGUAUAGGGGCCAAAGGUAUAAACACGUAUUACCUAGUUCACAGCGAAUAUCGAGAAUCCCGGUUCACCAUCAGAUUAGCGUGAAUCUGACGCCACAGCUCGCCCUUUUCUCGUUGAAUGACUUCGUUCAUGUCCGCGGUUCCACUAUUUAUGUGGCGUCAGCCCUGACUGUU